AUGUCAACACCGAGGCAUAGACGUGGUGGUGGUACAACACCGUAUCGAUCACCAAUGGGUGGUGUCCGACCAAUUUAUGAAGAUUUUAAACCUCCUUCGGAAUGGUCACAAGACAAUGAUACAUACAUUCUCACCAUUCAAGUUCCUGGUUUCAUGAAGGAGCAACUCAAAGUUUCAACCGAAGACCGGAAUCUCAUUAGGGUUCGUGGAGAACGCCCGGUUGCCAACAAAUGGAGUCGUUUCCGGGAGGACUUCCAGGUUCCGGAUAACAGCGAACUGACGUCAAUUCGUGCAAAGCACGAUGGAGGAACUCUAGCCAUUACUGUCCCAAAAAAGAAUAUUGCAGCUGGUAUAACACUUGCUAAAGAAACCCUCAGCCCUCUACCAAAAGCUAAAGAUCAAGUCCGUCCUCCUAAAACUACAGGCAUGAAAUCUCCCAGGGACACUGCGCUUGAUCAGCACGGCCAAGAUAAAGUUAGUCCGGCAAUUGGUAGUAGCAAGCCGAUAACAGAUGACAGAAGUUCAGCUCCAGCUCCAGGGAUUCAGAAAACAUCAGGUGAUGAUCCAAGGAUGAAAAUUGGACGACAAGAAGAUGAAGAAAAGAGUCGUAUAGAGAAGGAGAAAAGUCCGGAACUGACAAAAAAACAUUCUGCAGAAGAAAAUAUUGUGGACGAGGCAACGAAGAAGAUCGUUGAUGACAAAAGUUUGGAACUAGGAAAGAGAACGUCCGACGAUCAUCAGAGUACUAGAACUGGACAACAGGAAGAUGAACAAAAGAGUUAUAUCGAGAAGAAGGGAAUCCAAGAAACCAAAGAGAGACGCAUUACACCAGAAACAGCACUAUUGAAGGAUCAUGUGGGAAUAGGUAAAGAAAUAACUGAAGAUCAUGGGAAGAUCAAAUCAGAGAGAAUAUCUAAAAAACAUCAUGAUCAAAUUGCCAAAUCAAGUGCAACUGAUAAUUCUCCUGAUCAUGGCACUUUGAAAGUGGAACAGAAAAAGUACAAGAAGAAAGCAAGGAAAGGGAUUGGCGAGCUGAAUGAUGAGAGGCAAUUGCUGGUGAACAUGGGGGCAGCACUGCUUGUUAUUGUCGGACUAAGUGCUUAUGUCGCCUACAACUUUGGAUCUCAAAAUGCUAAACAUUAG